AUGUCUUGUUAAAAAUAUGAAUUUGACUAGUAACAGAAAAUAUUCAAGAUUUGCUCACUGAAAGAGAAUUCAAUAGAUAGGUUAGAAGAAUAUUUUCAAGCUUAUCAAAAGCUUUAAAAUUAGGUUAGUCUAAAGUAAAGUAAAUUAGAUUUGAUUAGAUUACCUAUGGGAUAUUACUUCAGAUUAGCAAAAAUUAGUUCAAUUAAAAAAUAAGGAAUGGAGUUGCAUAUCACAUUCUAUUAUGAAGGGCUUUAUGGCAAUUAAAUUGAAGUUACCUUUGGUUAAUAAUAAUUUUCUUCAGCUCUGCCCUUCUCAAAAACAUUUCCGGAUAAACAAAAAAUAGAUGUUAUUGGAAUAAAAUAAGUCUUUCAAUCAUUGAUAGAAACUUUUCAUUGGUGUGCAAAUUUUGGGUAUAAUUUAUUAAUUAUUAUGUUAGAAUGUUUAUAGAUCCAACUAUAGAACAUCUUCUUUACAAAGAAGGUGAAACUGAUUUUUAUGUAUUAAUUCCUAGUUUCACUUAUAUUGCUUAAUUUUUAAGUGAUCAAAAGACACUCCAGAUCAGAGAUCUUGAGGUUUUUAGAAGUAAGGCUUAUCAAAAUUUAGUAAAUUUAUUUUCUAUGAUAUAUAGACAUUUAUUUUUCUACUACGUCUCUUAGAAGAGUUUUUUGGAUUAAUCAAGUAAUAAGAUGAAGAUAUCAAUUUGUAUAAAAGAAUUAGAGAAAAGUACACCUUUCCUUAAGAACUGAGUAAAAUUGAUCCUUAUUUAAUAAAUGAAUCAUGUUAUGGAGCGGAUUUUAUUUAUUCUGAGGAUUUAGCAAAAAAAAAAAUGAUUAGAUAUGGUUUAAAGUAAUCCUAAUUUUUGUAUUAAUUAAACGAAAAUGAAAUUUUAAGAGGAAAACUGCAAAAAUUCCUUGAUUUAGAAUAAGUACUAUUAGGGUAAGCUAAUGAUGAUACAAAAGUAUCUCAGUUCCCCUAAAAUGCAAAAAAAGAAAAGAUUUUGCACAAAAAUGGUACAGAAGAUAAACCAGAAAAUCUUACUUUGACUUAAAAUGUUUUGAAUUUCUUUUCAGAAUUAAAAAGUUAUAAACCACUCUAAGGAAUUAGUUAAGAUAUCUAUACAUCAUUUUUAAGAGCCUUAACUAAAUAAGAAAAUGGUAUUAAGAUUAGGAGAAAUUGGAAAUUAAUCAAUACUAAACAUGAAUUGGAAUUAAUUAUUGUUUAAAAACCAUAGGAGUAGGUUUAAUAAUAAGUUAGGCAAAAAGAAUAAUAAGCAAAAUCUGCAACAAAUUCACAAAAUCAAGAUUAGAGCAUCAACUCUGAAUAAUUUGAAAUAAAAUGGGCUUCUUGGAUUAACCCACAAAAUCUGAUAUUUAUGUCAAUAACUUAAUCUGGUGUAUUGACUGACAAAGAUUUAAAGAAAUUUACAAUCUAAUAUAAAAUUGAAAUGUUAGAAGAUAAGAAUUGCUAUUUGAUUAAAACUUGUGUUCCAGAAAUAAUAUUUGGGAUUGACUCUGCUGAUGAUAUUGCUUAUUUUGUUAAUUCCAUCUAAAAAGAAAGAAUGCCAACCAAUGUGUACGUAGAUGACACAAGAAAAUUGACAUUUUACACAGCAUUAGUAUAAGUAAGAAUAUUAAUUAUAAUUAAGGGAAAGAAAGGAAAUAUCUUAUGGGAAAUUGUCAAAAUUAUGGAUAUUCAUCAAAUUUAUUUCUAUCACAGUUUAGAUUUUUGUGCCAAAAAUAUUAACCCAGGAAAAUAAAUAAAGGAUUCAAAAUAUAGUAGUUUUUUAGUAGAGUUGAAAAAUCUAAUUCAAGAUUAUGAAUAUGAUUCAAAACAAAUAUAUACUUAAAUAUUGGAAAAAUAAAGCCCAGGAGGAUUUUGA